AUGACGCCCCAGGCUCUCUUAUCGCCUUAUCGGAUCUUCACCUUUUCUCCAACGCGACGUGAUCCGUUCACUUGCGAGUAUCUCUUUGAGAUCGAGGAUUUGAUCAUGGAAGACAAUAUGGAUAUUGAUACACUUGAUCAACGUGGCACCAAGCGUGCAGUGGAGGAGACCGAGAGUCAGGAACCCCCUAGGCCAAAGAAGAUUAAGGCUUUGGACCCCGAUGUCGUAAAUAAAAUCGCUGCUGGGGAGAUCAUCGUCGCUCCGAUGCAUGCGCUCAAAGAGCUCAUUGAAAACGCCGUCGAUGCUGGCUCUACAACAAUUGAAGUCCUGAUCAAGGAAGGAGGACUGAAACUACUCCAGAUUACUGACAACGGUCAUGGAAUCGAUCGAGAUGAUCUUCCGAUUCUCUGUGAGAGAUUCACUACCUCCAAACUUAAAGAGUUUGAGGAUCUUACUUCCAUUGGAACCUACGGCUUUCGAGGUGAAGCUCUGGCCAGUAUCAGUCACAUCGCACACCUGACUGUCACGACCAAGACUGCUGGAUCUAGCUGCGCUUGGCGAGCACAUUAUGGGGAUGGGAAGUUGAUCCCAGCCAAACCAGGCCAGAGCUCUGCGCCCAAGGCGACAGCUGGACGCGGAGGAACCCAAAUCACUGUCGAGGAUCUUUUCUAUAAUGUUCCCACUAGACGCAGAGCAUUCCGCUCGGCAAGUGAGGAAUAUGCCAAAAUCCUCGAUGUGGUCGGUCGAUAUGCGGUACACUGCUCUGGUGUCGCCUUCUCGUGCCGCAAGCACGGUGACUCUGGCGUGAGUAUCUCGACCCCAGCCAGCGCAAGCACCGUCGACAGGAUCCGCCAGAUUCACGGCAGUGCCGUAGCGAACGAGGUUGUUGAAUUCAAAUCCGAGAAUACAAAACUUGGAUUCCGUGCGUCCGGUCUUGCUACUAAUGCCAACUAUCAUGUCAAGAGAACAACGAUUCUGCUCUUCAUCAACCACCGUGCAGUUGAAUCAACUGCUGUUAAGCGGGCAGUCGAACAAACUUAUUCUGCAUUUUUACCCAAAGGUGGACACCCAUUCGUAUAUCUUGAUCUCGAGAUCGAGCCUCAUCGCGUCGAUGUCAAUGUGCAUCCAACAAAGCGCGAGGUCAACUUCCUCAACGAAGAUGAGAUUAUCGAGCUUGUCUGCGCCGAAAUCCGAUCCAAGCUUGCGGAGGUAGACUCCAGCCGCACAUUCCUCACGCAGAGUCUAUUGCCCAGUGUACCAACAAUCGAGUCCCUCCAGUCUGCCCAAGACGCCUCAGCCAACGAAGGAGCAGCAGAAGGAGCGAGAUUGACAGCGACCCCGAAAACACCAGCAACGAAAAGGCCCUACGAAAACAACCUGGUCCGAACGGACUCCAAAGUCCGCAAAAUCACAGCAAUGCUAGACCCAGUCGCCGCCUCACCACGCGACCCUUCUAAUCAAGACACGCCCGCCGACGCAAACCAACCCUCAAUCAUAGACGACGGCCUCCAAUACGAAACAACAGAUCGCCAGCCCCUAAGAAUAGCCCUCGCCUCAAUCAAAGGCCUCCGCGCCGCCGUCCGCUCCGAAAUGCACAACACCCUAACCGAGAUGUUCGCCUCACACACCUACGUAGGACUCGUCGAUGAGCGACGCCGCUUAGCAGCCAUCCAAUCCGGCGUAAAGCUCUACCUAAUCGAUUACGGCCUCGCAUGCAACGAAUUCUUCUACCAAGUAGGCCUGACAGACUUCGGCAACUUCGGAACGAUCCGGCUCUCCCCGGCACCCAAACUAGUCGACCUACUACGAAUCGCUGCCGAGGCAGAGCGCAAAGACCACCCAGACGCGGAGGCGGAGGCUAUAAUCGCCAACGCGCCAGCCAUGAUCGCGCAGACGCUUGUCGAGCGCCGCGAGAUGCUGAACGAGUAUUUCUCCAUGCAGAUCAGCGCGGACGGCGAGCUAAUUUCCAUCCCGCUCCUGCUGAAGGGGUAUUUGCCUGCGUUGGCGAAGUUGCCUCGCUUCUUGCUGCGGCUCGGUCCGUAUGUGGACUGGGGUAGUGAGGAGGGGUGUUUCCGGACGUUUCUGCGUGAGCUGGCGGCUUUCUAUACGCCUGAGCAGCUGCCUGUGCUUCCUGGUUUGGGUCCGGGUGCGGAGGGGGAGUCUGCGGAGCCGCGAGUAGCCGAGGGCGAGGGGGAUGGGGAUGGGGAUGCCUUUGUCAGGGCGCGGCGUGCGCAGAUGGUCCGCAUGUUGGAGUAUGCUGUUUUUCCUGCUCUCCGUGCGCGGUUGGUUGCCACGUCACGAUUGCUGCGGGGUGUGGUGGAGGUUGCAGAUUUGAAGGGGCUGUAUCGGGUGUUCGAGCGCUGUUGA